AUGUCUCGAUUACCUCGACUAUCGCGCACACUGCGUUUCUUACACAGCGAAGGAAGACAAAUUGAUCAAUCAGCAACGAUUUCACCUUCAAUCCAUGGCCAUAUUCCACCUUCUGUAACAUCAAUUCGACCACCUAUACCUCAACCAGAAAUAAUCGAUACCACGCCUUUCGUAGAAUCAUCCAGACCGACACAUACGUCUAAAGGAAAAAUAAUUCCAAGAAGACCAGCUAGAACAAUUCCUGUCGCUUUACCAAAUGGUGAUCCCGAACCUCAAAGUUACCCUCCACCGAAAGAAUAUUUCGAUAAUUUAGAAUCGAACAAAAAGGAUAAACACCCAUUAUGGCAAUUCUUCCAUAUACCAACUCCUGCAAGAGCUAGAGUAUCAGAUACGGUCGCUACCCUUCCGGCCGAUAUGGGUAGUUUGGAAACCUUGGUCAGAGAGGAUAGUAAUCUACAUAGUGGUCGAUCGUGGACAGCAGCCGAACUCCGACAAAAAUCUUUCCAAGAUCUCCAUACACUGUGGUAUGUGCUUAUUAGGGAGAGGAAUGUACUUGCUACACAGAAGGAGGAGAGAAGAAGGAUGAACAUUGGUCAAAGAGUAGAUGGUGAAUUAGUAACCAGGCGAGCAUUCCGAUGCCGAAAAACGAUGGCACGAAUCAAGUAUGUGUUGAAUGAAAGAAGAUUAGGAUUAAUAGCAGCUGCUGGACCAAGAUUCAAUGUUGAACCAGUUCAUGUACCAUGGUCAGCAUCUCCCACGACAGACCCAGCAGGAGCCACCGCAGCGAUAAGAGGAGAAUCAGAAAUACCAUAUCAUGUCUUACAAUCGAGAUCUUUGAAAACAGCCCAAUCCUCCUCGGAAGCAGACCCAUCAGAAGAAUCAUUCGUAGAGGAAGAGGAAGUCAGUAAAGAAGAAGUUGAGAGUAGGGAUGAAGGAUUCGGAGGUGGCAAAGAGGCUGAAGAAUUCGAUAACGAUAUCAAAAUCACUGAGAGUAGAAAAGUUGAGAAGAAGGAUUAA